UGACGUUCCACUAGGAAAGCGCGACACCGGAUUUGUGAUUGUAGAAGCACAGAGGAGUGGGUGUCUUCAAGGGAGUUUCUUGGUCUGCUGUUAGCGAGCCUUGUAGUUUCAGUUCGAGUGUUAGUUAGCUAAACAAGGGUAGAAGGCUAACUAACACAUUUACUCAUUCAAACGUAUUACCGCGCCCGGGACAGCCACAGAGUCGUUAGCCAGCGAUAUCAUCAACUUUACUACAUUGAACAACUAGAUUGAGACGACAAGUAAAUAUACAAUAGUUCUGAAUUCGGGCACCAUGUUCAAAAGGAGUGGCAAGAAGGACCCAGAACUAAUCCAAAAUGUGUCGGAGGGGCUGAAAAAACUGUACAAGACCAAACUCUUUCCCUUGGAAGACACCUACCACUUCCACGAUUUCCAUUCACCGGCUUUGGAAGAUGCCGACUUUGACAACAAGCCUAUGGUGCUCUUGGUUGGCCAAUACUCCACGGGUAAAACCACAUUUAUCCGGCAUCUUAUGGAGCAAGAUUUUCCCGGGAUGCGCAUAGGGCCCGAACCGACCACCGACUCCUUCAUAGCGGUCAUGCAUGGAGAGCAGGAAGGGCUGAUCCCAGGCAACGCUCUAGUAGUUGACCCCAAAAAACCCUUCAGAAAACUCAACGCUUUUGGUAACGCCUUUCUUAACAGGUUUGUGUGUGCUCAGAUGCCUAACGCUGUAUUGGAGAGCAUCAGUAUCAUUGACACCCCAGGAAUCCUGUCUGGAGAAAAGCAGAGGAUCAGCAGAGGCUAUGACUUUGCUGCAGUGCUGGAGUGGUUUGCAGAGCGUGUUGACCGCAUCAUUCUGCUUUUCGACGCCCACAAGCUUGACAUCUCGGAUGAGUUCUCUGAGGUGAUCCGCUCCCUGAAGAACCAUGAGGACAAGAUGCGGGUGGUUCUGAACAAGGCUGAUCAGAUUGGCACACAGCAGCUGAUGAGGGUCUAUGGCGCCCUCAUGUGGUCUCUUGGUAAAAUUGUCGGUACUCCAGAGGUGAUCCGGGUGUAUAUUGGUUCUUUUUGGGCUCAGCCGCUCCUGGUCGCAGAUAACCGGAAGCUUUUUGAGGCAGAGGAACAGGACCUUUUCAAGGACAUCCAGGGGCUACCUCGGAAUGCUGCUCUGAGGAAGCUCAAUGACCUCAUCAAGCGGGCUCGCCUCGCCAAGGUCCACGCCUAUAUCAUCAGCUCUCUAAAGAAGGAGAUGCCCAACAUGUUUGGGAAGGAGAAUAAGAAAAAGGAGCUGAUUGCUAACCUGGGGGAGAUCUACACAAGGAUUGAGAAAGAGCACCAGAUCUCACCCGGAGACUUCCCCAAACUAGCUAAGAUGCAGGAGAUCUUGGCUAAUCAGGACUUCAGUAAGUUCCAGGCAGUGAGGCCCAAGUUGCUGGAGGCUGUUGAGGACAUGCUAGCCAAUGACAUAGCCAAACUCAUGACCCUCGUCCGCCAGGAGGAGGCAGCCAUGCCCAGCCAGUCAGUCCAGGGUGGCGCCUUUGAGGGCACCAUGAACGGGCCUUUCGGCCAUGGCUACGGCGAGGGUGCAGGCGAGGGCAUUGAUGAGCUGGAGUGGGUGGUGGCACGAGACAAACCCACCUACGACGAGAUCUUCUACACCCUGUCUCCUGUCAACGGCAAAGUGUCAGGUGCCUUGGCCAAGAAGGAAAUGGUGAAGUCCAAGCUGCCCAACCCAGUGCUGGGAAAGAUCUGGAAGCUGGCCGACGUAGAUAAGGAUGGAUACCUGGACGAUGAUGAGUUUGCCCUUGCCAAUCACUUGAUCAAGGUGAAGCUUGAGGGGCACGAGCUUCCCACUGAUCUGCCAGAACACCUUAUCCCUCCCUCCAAAAGGGGACUGUAGAAUUGGAACUCUUUCAUAUAUGGGCAGGCCUGAAUAAAUAGAUGGUGGCUCAGAGGUUUUUUGGAGUGAGUGGGAUGAGUUAAAAGGGAAAGGUGCAUUUUUGGCCAAAGUAAAUGUGUGUUUUGAGAAUAAUUCUGGUUAGGGUGUUGUCUUAUGUCAAAUAGUGCAACAGCCAUCUGCAUAACUGCAUGUUGUGUUAGGAUAAUUCCAUCUGAUGUGAGACCAUGGAGGGGGUGGCGUUCUGGGUAGGGCUAUGAUAAUGGUGUUGGGGUGAAAUUAAUGUUAGACUGACUAUGAUAAUUAACAUAGUCCAUUCAAAGAUAAAAAUGUUAAUAUCUCUAACUUCACCUGAAUCCCUUAUCUUCCUUAGUACUUAUUUGUCUUACCAUUAUCAAAAGGCCUUUGUUGUAGUUAUCAUGUAUCAAGUUCAAUCACCACUUUGGGACCUGCUGAAUUUAUUGUGCUUCAAUUUAUUGUAUGGCCAUUCCUUUUCAUUUUUUUUCUCACGUCACAGGUCACUCAACAAAUCAAACUAUUACAAAGAAAUAAGGGUAACUCAAACAUUCUAUUUAAACCUAGUCUUCCAUUUAAGUUUGAUUUGUGUCAGUGUUGUCAAUUGUUUAUUCUACUUACAAAUGGUUUUGAUUAUAAAUUAUUAUAAAUCUGUAUCUUUAGCUUUUCCUAACGCCAUUGUAAAGCAAAGUAUUCUUAGUCUGAGGGAAUAUAGAUACAUUCGUAUUGUCACGGAUUUAACACUGACAAACUAGUGUCUUGGAUGACCUUGACUACCUGGUCUCUUUUUGAACAUCUGUCAAACGCUCCAGUAAACCAUAUCUUAUGUACAGAAAAAUGACAUGUGAUCUUGUUUAUGCUAAACUUUGUGCAGUUAUCUUUUAUCUCAGAUAUCCAGCCCAUACUCCGAGGCUUUCCAGUAUAGUGCUUUCGAUUGCAACAACAAAAUAUUGUCUUUCCACUCACUGGUUCCAGGGAAUGGGGUGGGUUGGGCAUACAGUAUGCAUUGGCAAGAUAUCUGAUCAAAUGUAUUUAUGGAAAAUCAAUUAACGAUUUGGGGCACAGUACCAGUUUAAAAAUCCCAGUUUGAUCCCUAGCAGUCACAUCUAGCCUUCAAUGCCAAAGUCGCUUAAGUGUUGUAUGUAGAAGUGGCUCUAGCCCUCAAUGUUAAUAUGUACAUUGUUUGUCUCUUCUGAAAUAAAAUGUUUAUUCAAAUGCA